GGCCAGUAUUUUUUUUAAAAUUUUUUAUGCAAAUGCAAAGGGAACGAGCCUUUCAUUGAUCAGGCGAUCUGAGAGAGCAAACCCUAAGGUGAAAAUGCUUGCGAGAAUGGAUAAGCAAAAGAGCUCGGAGGCUGGAACGAGUGGCGGUGAGUUAUCAACGAUUGACUAUGAGGUCUUCUUGAGUUUCAGAGGGCCGGACACUCGCCAAGGAUUCACGGAUUGCCUUUACCAUGAAAUGCAAGAAGCUAACAUCCGUGUUUUCUUCAAUGAGGAAGAGCUCCACGUCGGUAAAGAAAUAGCUGAUGAACUACCAAUGGCUAUCGAAAAGUCGAAGAUCUAUGUACCAAUCUUCUCUAAAGGUUAUGUUUCAAGUCCUUGGUGCCUUCGCGAGCUUGCACACAUGGUGGAGUGCACGAAUACCAAACCAUCCGAGAAGGAAAUCAUGCCGAUUUUCUACAACGUGAAACCUCGCGAUGUUAGGCUUAUGUCUCCACUGUACGUCCGUGAUUUGAAGGAGCAUGAAAAGAAGUUUGGUUGCCAGACGAGGCUAAAGUGGGAGGAUGCCCUCAAAAGUGUGGCUAAAAUCAAAGGAUGGGAGCUGAAAAGCCAAGGGCACUGGAAAUUCAUUAAGUCAGUGAUACGAGAGAUUGUGAUGAAAUUGAAGACAAAAGACAAAUAUGUCGCCGAGCAUAUAGUCGGAAUGGAUGAUCAAGUGGAAGCUGUUCUGAAGUUAUUGGACAUGCACUCCAAGGGCAUGCACAUUGUUCUAAUUCAUGGAAUGGGAGGAAUCGGUAAAACAACUCUCGCUAAGGUUGUAUUCAACAAGCUAAAUCCCCUCUUCAGUCAUUGUUGUUUCUUGGGAAAUAUCCGGGAAUCAUCGCUCAGCUUUGGCCUCAUAACUUUACAAAAACAAUUAUUAUCUGACAUGUUUGGUUCAAGCUUUCCCAACAUAAUCAACGAUGUUGAUGAUGGGAUCAAGGUGAUUGCGCAACGACUUUCUAACAAGAAAGUUUUCAUCGUUCUAGAUGACGUGGAUGAUGAGGAACAACUCAAGAAACUAGCCAUCAAGCAUGUUUUGCUCAACUCAGGGAGUAAAAUUAUUAUUACAACAAGGAAAAGAGGCAUCUUAAAAGCCAACCAAACAUUCGAGUAUGAAGUGAAGUCGUUAGAUUCUAUUCAUUCGCUUGAGCUUUUCAGUAGACAUGCUUUUGGAAGAAAGUUUCCUCUGAAUGAUUAUGUCUAUCUUUCAAGACAAGUAGUUUCUACAACUGGAGGACUUCCACUGGCUCUUGAAGUCGUUGGCUCGUUACUUCAUUGCCAAAACGAAGCCUUAUGGACAGAUGUGUUAGACAAUCUAAGGAAAAUACCUCAUGAGAAGGUCUUGGACAGGCUGAAGAUCAGCUAUGAUGCCCUGAGUCAUGAGCAAAAACAGAUCUUCCUCGACAUCGCAUGUCUCUUUGUGGACAAAGACCAAACGAGUGCAUUCUACAUGUGGAAAGAUUGUAGGUUUUUUCCAGAUUAUUCAAUUCAAGUCCUUGUCCGCAUGUCCUUGAUAAAGAUAACCGACGAUAACAAAUUUUGGAUGCACGAUCAACUAAGAGAUCUUGGGAGGAAAAUUGUCUAUGGAUAUAUGAGGCAAAUCGAUCCAAGGAAACAAAGCAGGUUGUGGGAUCCUUUGUCUGCCUUUAAUAUCAUAAGAACAGAAGAGAGAAAGGAGGCCAUUGAAGUACCGCUUAAAUGGAAAUGCACUAGGAAGCUAUACGAGCGAUGAGUUUUCGAGGCUUCCAAACAUAAGGUUCCUCGAAUUAGUGUGGGGACAAUUAGAUGGAAACUUUGAGAACCAACUUUCAGAGUUAAGAUACAUGACCUGGUAUGGGUGUCCUCAAGAGCUCUCCACCAUCAAUUUUCAUCCAAGCAAUCUUGUAGUUCUCAACCUUUCUUAUAGUUCCAUCACGAAGGAGUGGGCUGGAUGGAGUCAAAUCAAGUUAUUGUGACAGGUUGCCAAGAAGCUUAAAGUUAUGGAUCUCACAUAUUGUGACAGCAUGACCAGGACUCCAAACUUCUCUGAUUAUUUGAGUUUAGAAAGAUUGAACCUUGAAAAUUGCCAAGGACUUAUUGAGGUUGAUAGUUCCCUUGGAAAGCUUAAAUGCUUGACUUACUUCAAUGCGAAUGGGUGCACAAGUCUUGGGGAGUUGCCCGAAGGAAUCGGACAGUUGGAGAAGCUUGAAUACUUGUAUUUAGGCAAUUGCAAAAAGUUGAGUAAGCUGCCUGAAUCAUUUGUGAGAGUGUCAUCACUAGUAGAGUUGGAUCUCUCAAAUACGACUAUUACAAGAUUACCCGACGCCAUUGGUAACCAAGAGUGCUUGUUAGUUCUUAAACUACAAUAUACAGAAAUCAAUGAACUUCCUAGUUCUAUUGGGAAUCUAUACAAACUUAAGUUUCUCAUUCUAUCAUUUACUAAAAUAAGGGAACUCCCAAUGUCAAUUGGGAACUUGAAAUCACUACUUGAGUUGGAUGUCCGGAAACGCAAUGUUUACGGUUACCCGAAUCUAUUGGGAACCUAAGUAGAUUAAAAGUCAUCAACAUUUCGUAUUCUUUGAUGAGGGAGCUACCACAGAGCAUUGUUGAGCUAAAAGAGUUGGAAGAGCUACAUGCUGGGAAUUGCCUGUGUUUGGAGUGGGAAAUUCCCGAGGACAUUUGGAAAUUAUCACUUUUGAGAGUUCUGCACUUGGAAUUAUCCCUUGUUAGAAAUGUUCCGGUGACAAUCAAACUACUUCCUCGCCUAGAAAAAUUGGGAUUAUGUGAUUGCAGCAAACUUGAACUGUUGCCCGAGUUUCCCUCAAGUUUGAUAAGCCUAAAACUCGGAUCAAGUUCGUUGAGAUGGAUCCCGGAUCUCUCAAACCUCACUGAAUUGGUGAAUCUUAGAUAUGGUGGUCAUGAUGAGAACUGGCGUCGUCUUUACUCCCAAGAUGGUCCAUGCCGACAAUCCCUCGCAAACCUUCCACCGUCUCUGUCAACAUUGUGUGCCCAAUAUCAUGAAUCAAUAGCCAGCUCAUCAUUUCAUUGCAACUUGAGAAAAUUGACACAUUUGCACAUUAGUCACUGUUUUUGGAAGGAAGUUCAACUCGAUGGGCUCGAACAGUUGAUAGAAUUCGAAGUGGAAGGGUUAAAACACCUCGAGGGAUUUGCGGGUCUUUUGAGUUUGACGAGGUUGAAGCUGUUGAGGCUGAGCGAUUGCCCAAAUCUAACUACGAUCCAAGGUCUUGGUUCAGUGGAGUCCUUGAAACAUUUGGAAAUAGACAAGUGUCCUAAGAUUGAAAGUCUAGAUGAUCUAUCGAAUUUGAAAAAGCUGGAGUCCUUGGUAAUUCGAGGAUGCGAAGAGCUUCUGGCAAUUAAGGGCUUGGAUGAAUUAGAGACUCUCAAAUAUUUGGAAUUUGUAGGUUGCAUAUCACUAAGAAGUUUCCCAAAUGUACUCAAUUGGAAAUUAUCAGAUGAGUGCUCACUAACUAUUUCCGACUGCCCAAAUUUAAGAGAUGAUUGGUUUGAAGAGACAGUCAGCAUGUACAAGCAAUGGAAACAUUUGAAAUUCAAGUCUCGCCUGUUACUAUGAUGAGGCGGCCAUUCUCUCAGGUUCAAUCUCAAGAAUUUUCAGCUUCCCCAAUAUUCAACCCUUGUUAUUUUCACUAGCUAUUGCCCAGGAGGUAGCUUUCAAGUUGGACACCAUAAUAUAUGAUCCGCCGAUCCUGUUGUAAUUAUUCAUGUGUACUAGCUUUUGGGUAACGAGGGUUCGUCAUAAUUCAGUGUGUCGUCCUUCCAUGCAGUUUACAUUUCCUGCAUUAAUUCGACCAAGUCCGGUCAAUCAAUCACGGUAUCUGCUGACAUCUUCGCUAUGUAGUUUAUCUUAGAUUGCUUCACA